GUUUACUUUCUAUCUUCCUCCUCGUACCGUACCCUUCUUCACAAGUCAUAAAACGCUAAGGAAUUGGGGUAUGGAAUGACUCCUCCUGCUUGUGGUUGAUGGGUGUUCUCUAAUUUUCUCAGGAACAAAUAAUCGGGUAGAACCACCUUGAAGUUGAGGCAAGAGGAAUUGUAACCUUACUCAAAUAAGAUAAUAUCAGGAGAAAUUACUAUUCUAAAAAGGAUAUUAUGAUCACUAUGGAUGUAAAAGGCAUAAAUUGGGUUGGAAAUAUGUACCAGAAAUUUGAGAAUUUGUGCCUUGAGGCAGAAGACAUGAUGUACGAGGACACAGUUAAAUACAUAGAGAAUCAGAUGCUGGCUGUUGGGACAAGUGUUAAAAAGUUGUAUUCAGAUAUUGUGCAAGAUUUACUUCCUCCAUCUUCAUGUGAUUUGGAUGAAAAGGUAGACUCCGAAUUGCCAAUAGAUCAAUAUACUGAUGCUGGGUUCUGUAAGAAACCAUUUCAAGUUCUCAAGAAAAGAUCUGCAAAGGCUGACACCAAGCAAACAACUGAGGAUUCAAGGAUUCAUCAAAAUGUUGAUAAUGAUGCCAUCCAUGCUGCAUCGUAUGAUGUAACUUGUGAGACUGAUGCUUCGUUCAUGUCAUCUUCAAGAAAUUCUGUCAAAGGAAGCAAUUUUAUUUCACAUUCAAGACAGUAUGUUGGGAGUAGGGAUAUUAAAUCAAACCUUGGUUUCUGUAAAAAUCAAGAAAAUAAAAAAAUGGCUGCAACAAAGAUAUUCGAUGAAAUCACUUUGGCAGAAACAGAUACAUGCAGGACAUCACAACCUUCUGAGAUCUCAAAAGAAAAUCAUAAUCAAAAUCAAAAUAGUGCAAUUAGUUUUUCAGAGCCAGCUUCAAGGCUUGCCUCUGUAGCAGACUGUUGUAAUGAAAUUGAAAAUGCUAGUACUAAACUAUUCCCCAAUAUUCCGGUACUAGAUAAAUCAGCUGAAGAGAAACAGAUUAAUACGAGUUCUUCCUCUCAUGUCCCAUUUGGAGAGUCCGUUGGUUUCUCCAUGGAUAAAACAAUACAGUCGGAUGAUUGUUCUGAUAGCAUGGUGGUUCUGUCUCACCCGGACCAAGGCCAUAAAGCCAUGCAACAAGAUCAUCUUAAGCUUGAUGAAACUUGUGUCAUGGUGACCGGAGAUGAACUUCAAUCAGUUCCCAAAGCAGGUGGUAAUCUAAAGACUAACAAGAAAAAGAAGCGGCAAGGGUUCUCUUUAUCUAAGAAGUGUUCAAGAAAACAAGAGUAUGAGGAGCUUGCAGCAUUGCAUGGGAACAGUGAAAAAGUGAAGGGAGAUUGCAUGGAGAAUAUAGAUCCAACUUUAGUGAAGGAUCAAAAGAAAUUAAUGCUUACUAGUAGUAUCUCUGAACCUGAGUGGGAGCUUCUCUAAAUACCAUGAUGAUUGAAGUUGUGGAUAACACAACCAUUCCUGUAAAUUAACAUUCACUCCUUAGUCCUUAUGAAGAAGAUUGAGAUGUUAGAGGCAUCCGCAAACUUUAUAUAAACUUGACGAAUGAGUGAAGGCUUAUUGGUAGGUGUGUUUUAAACUUAGUUUGAUAACCAUUUAUGGCUUAACUCGAAUCAAAACCAUGAGUUUUUGGUUUGGUUUGACCCUAAAC